AAUUUGGGAAUUGGUGCAACAUCGGGUGCUAUUGCUGCCUGUACAAUCUUUCCUUUGGAUUUAUUAAAAACUAAAAUUCAAUCAGGAGCUGCCGGAAAGGGCAUGAUUGAUAUUGUCAAGGAAACUAUUCAUCCAAGCAAUGGUGGAUUUAGAGCACUUUAUCGUGGGUUAGCUCCAAAUCUUGUUGGUAUCAUGCCAGAAAAAGCUAUUAAAUUAUCAGCUAACGACUUUUUCCGUUCAUUCUAUACUGCUAAAUUUGUUGGAACAACUACAUCAAAUGGUCAAAUUCAACAAUUGCCACUUUGGAUUGAAGUUUUGAGUGCUGGAAUGUGCCAAGUAGUAGCAACUACUCCUAUGGAAUUAUUGAAAAUUAAUGCUCAAAUGGCUGGAAAGGAUCACUCAACUGUUGAUUUUAUUAAGAGAGUUGGUCUUAAGGGAAUGUAUAAGGGACUCUUUGCUACAUUGGCAAGAGAUGUUCCUUUCUCAAUGAUGUACUUCUCAUUAUAUGCUCGUGUUAAGAAUUAUUUCAGAGCUCAAACUCAAGAACAAUAUCUUCCAUUGCCAAAGGUUUUGCUUUCUUCAAUUAUUGCAGGUACCUUUGCUGCUGCUCUUGCAACUCCUAUGGAUGUCAUUAAGACACGUUUGCAAUAUUCUGGUACUACUGGAAUGGAAGGAUUAACAUAUGCUCAAGCUGCUAAAUAUUGCUAUACUAACAAGUUACUUUGGAAGGGAACUUUACCUAGAGUUUUAAUUAUUUCACCACUCUUUGGUAUUACAUUAUUGUGCUAUGAA